UGACCAUUCAAAGUUGCAACAGGACUGGAAAAAGGGACCUACAGCCAUUGUUCAACCUUACGACUAUCUAAAUAUUAUUGCUAUUGCCGUGGGUUUGGUCCUGAAUCAUCUCUCAUCCAUUCUUCUCCGGUUUUUAGCUACCUACUCCAAGCCAAAUGUGAAUUUGGAACCCAGCAAGAACCUGAAGCCAGGUGACCUGGUCAAAGUGAGAUGCCACAGCUUUUCAGGGUACCCCGAAGCUGUUGUGCUCUGGCAAGAUGGCCACGGCAACAACAUCACUGACAAUAUCACCACCUCCCAGAUGGCCAACGAGCAGGGACUCUUUGACGUCCAGAGUAUCCUGCAGGUGGUGCUUGAGCCUAACAGCACCUACAGUUGCCUGAUCAAGAAUCCUUUGCUUCAAGAGGUGACCCAUGCUUCCAUCUCCAUCACAGGACAACACCUUCUGUUUCCAGCAGUAGCUCUUUGGGUCACAGUGGGGUUGUCGAUUUGUCUUCUCAUCCUUCUGAUCGUCCUGGCGUACGUGUGCCAGAAGAAAAUCCGUCAAAGUUGCAAAGAGGAGAAAGCGAAAGCCGCCUUGCAACCGCUGAAAAACAUGGAUGUCAAAGAAGAUAUGGCUGAAGAAAUCGAUUGACGAUAAUGGAGUUGUGCUAAGGCACCUCUCAAGGCUGAAGUUGGCAAGCCAACCUCUUGAGAUCUUCCUCCAGCAUAGAUCAUAGAAGAGGCAAGAGUGAAUUGCCCGGCGUUCUUCCUCGAAGCCUACAACUCAAAGCUUCUUACAGAUUCUUGCCUUCUGCACAGACCUGGCCCUCCCACCGUGGACUAAGAAAGAGGCUGGAACUCAGCUUAGUCCUUGCCGGCUCUAUCCUUGCCCCAAGCUUGAGAUAGCCAAGGUCCUUCCUCAUCCAACGUAUCCAAGGCUACUUAUUCUUCUCCCUGUUGACCUUACAUGGCAAAACCUGAUCUCUAUCCUCCCAGGGAUCGUAAUUUGGAUCCACACAAAGAUCCCACAGUCAGGGUGGACAACAUGAUCCAGCUCAGAACUUCUAGUUUGACAGUAGUUCUUAUCUUCUUCUACCUGCAAUCUCCCCUUCCCCCAUGGGAAUUUGCCCACUGGAUUUUAAGCCACUGCCUCUGGGAACAGUUUUCUUCUCUCGCUGCACCCAAGAAGCAAAAUUAGUCUGGGAUUUGGCCAAGAGACUAUCUUAGUAUCUCGGGCAUCCUGGCAAAGUUUAUGUCACAUGCAUCACGGCCAACUUGCCACCACCGACUCCCCGCAAGACAACUCUCUGCCGGACAAGAGUUAUACUAAUAUCAAAGAAAUGGUGGAAUAGAAUAAUUAAAGAACGGGUGCAAAAGGAGACGCAAAAUGAAAUGCGAAUGAUAAAAAGUAAAGUAAUGUUUAUUUAUUUAUUUUAAAUAAUUAAAUUGAAUUGUUCAAUAGCCCUGCAGUGAGUUGUCCCACAGCAAGUUGGCCAUGGCAAGUUGGCCAUGGCAGCAAAAUUUUUUUCGAGUUGUCCAUUUCUGGGGUCAGGCUGCCCCGAUGCGAUCCUUUAGGAAAGCAAAACCCUUGACUCCGUUUGGUUGAAGUGAAAAGAACUUUUAAUAAAAGGCUUUUACAGUUUGCCAUUCCCUCCCCUCAAGCCCAGUUCAUCGUUGACCAAUCCGGUAUUGCCACAAUGUUUUGAGAAACGCCGGGGUGUUUUGGGGACCCUGGAAUUUCACCCCACCCCCCACCCAGGACAAAAGGCCUUGAAGAUCCCAGGCACAACCAACCUGAACUACUCUGCUCUUCUUCGCCUGUCAUUCCCCGCUCCCUAAUUCCCACCGUUGAUGUAUACAGGUGUUCAUUGCCCAAUUGGUUCCUCCUUCCUUUCUGCUCCCUUCCCUUUUUAAUGGCAGGACGCCAGCGAGGUGCCAAGCCGAAGUGUGCCUCAAAACUUUUUUCUGCUGGGAACUUUCAAAAACUGGGAGGGAGGGGGCAUCAAAGAUAGCACAAGGGAAACAGAUGCUUGACCUGAGGGCACACAUCUUCUUUUCUAGCCAUCAGUAAACACUCAACAUUAGGACUAAGGUUCUUUUUUAAACACAAUAACUUAG